AUGUUGUCUCGAACACUGAGGCAAAGGGCUCUGCCCGGCCUACGAAAACUUCAAUCCAGAGUUGCGACACCGGUUCAGCGUCGGACCAUGGUGCGCGCACCCAAGCCCGGUGAUGGCCCGCUCAUGGAGCGCAGGGCGGAUCGCGAACUUCCCAGCGUCGAGUCCGUUUCCUUUCGCUGGUCGCGCACCUUUCCCAUCUUCGCCGUCCUGGUGACCAUAUCGAGUUUGGCCAUUUUCAACUACCAAAAGAUGUCGUCGCCGACAGUGGCAUCCACAAUGUACGCCCUGCGGACGAGCCAACGCGCCCGCGAGUAUCUGGGCGACGAGAUCUACUUUGCCCAACAGAUCCCCUGGAUCUCGGGCACCAUGAACCAGCUGCGCGGCGUCAUUGACAUCAGCUUUCGCGUCCGCGGCUCCCGCAACGAAGGCGUCAUGCGCUUCUGCAGCUUCCGUCCCGGCCCCAAGGCCAUGUUUGAGACUACCGAGUGGUCCCUCGAGACCAAGGACGGCCAGACCAUUGACCUGCUCGAGGGCGGUGACCCUUUCCGUGCCCUCGAGGGCACCGCGUUCCUAGACGAGGAGGAGGAGAUGCAACAAAAGGGCCGCGGUUUCCGAACAGAGCUCAAGUGA